GUUCCCACCGGUGUCAUUAUUGUAUGCCUACUUCCGGUUAUCAGUUUACGGAUUUUUCAAUAUACUUAGGGGGAAAAAAGACAUCAGACUUAUGAGUUUUUCGCGAGGUAAUCCAAGAGGCAGAGGUUUUUCACAACCGUCUGCGUCUUAUGCUAAUGCAGGAUCGUAUUAUCAGUACGAUAAUGCGGAGGACGAGGCUUCUUACGAGUACUACGAGAACCCUACCAAUGCCGAUGGCGAAGAACUUCAAGAAGGCUACGAGUGCAAUCCAUCGUAUCAAUACGAUUACGAGCAGGGACAGGACUACUACGAGCAGGAUCAGUACGAUAAUGACGGUCUUGUACCAGAAGCAUACACAGAUUACCAGGGAUACGAGUACCAAGAACAGGAAGCAGGACAUGAGAGCACAAGUUACGCUGUUGAUGAAGCUAUAGCAGAAUCUGAAUAUAACUAUGAAAGUGAACAAGUUGGUCAACAGGAUUAUUAUUCCUAUUCGACACAUACUCCUGUGACCUCAGAUGACCAUGGCAGUCUAGUGCAAGAGGCCCAUUUUAGUGAGGAAAGAGUUCUACAACAAGGUACUGCAUACAACCCUGGGAGAGGUGUACCUCAAGGGCCUACAGCAGUUAACCGGGGUAGAAGUAUUGGUAGAUCAGUACCACAAGUUAACCUGGGAAGAGGUUUUGGUACAUCAGCACCACCAGUUAACCUGGGAAGAGGUGUUGGUACAUCAGCACCAACAGUUAACCGGGGUAGAGGUGUUGGUUCAUCAGCAACACAUUUUAACCAGGGAAGAGGGGUUGGUACAUCAGCACCAACAGUUAACCGGGAUAGAGGUGUUGGUUCAUCAGCAACACCUUUUAACCAGGGAAGAGGGGUUGGUACAUCAGCACCAACAGUUAACAGGGGUAGAGGUGUUGGUUCAUCAGCAACACCUUUUAACCAGGGAAGAGGGGUUGGUACAUCAGCACCAGCAGUUUACCGGGGUAGAGGUGUUGGUUCAUCAGCAACACCUUUUAACCAGGGAAAAGGUGUUGUUUCAUCAGCAUCACCAGUUAAUCAGGGUAGAGCUGUUGGUACAUCAGCACCACCAGUUAACCGGGGAAGAGGGGUUGUUACAGUGUCACCAGUUAGCAUUGGAAGAGGGAUGGGUAGAGCAGUUGUACCCCAAAUGAAUCAGGGUAGGAAAAAUGUACAAGAAACACCAACAGUUAAUCAAGAUAAAGGGGUUGUACCACAAGCUUCAAUAGUUAACCAGGGUAGAGGGGUUGUUCAACAAGCUCCACCAGUUAACCAAGGAAGACAAGGGCAAGUAGACAACAGAAGCUCUAGUGAUGGGACAUUAGUUGCUAGUAAUCAAAAAGGUCCUUCUGUACAUCAACCUAUUACUGAACUUGCAAAACAGGGAAAAAGUAUCCUUGAAAAUGAGAAAAUAAAAACUGGAAUAGUGUCAGGACAGUUUGCUGAAGCGAUGCAGAAAUUGGUGUCGUCCGCACCGUCUGCAGCCAGUAGCAGUACAACCAUCGCGUCGUCUAUACAAAAUAAACUACAGGCAAUAAGCAACAAGCCAUUUGAUGCUUCAACAGUGAACACUAAACCUCCCUCACAUUUGGAGGUGGCUCCCAGCAGUAGCAUGGCAAGCGAGGUUAAUGUGGACACAGACAGCGACAGUAAUGGGGAGGAAGAUACCGGCUUUUGUAAAUACUGCCAGAAGAAGUUUGAGUCAGCAAAGGCAUACCACGCCCACACGCGGGGAAUGCAGCACACCACCCUGGUGAUGGAGGCCAAGGCAAAGAAAGGAGACGUGCGCUUCCAGAAGGAAAUUGUUGACAAAAGUGUGCUGGAGGUGCAGAUUCCCGCUCCAAAGCCCGAACCAGAACUGGCUGCUGAAGAGGAGACAGUAGAGAACUGGAUGGAUCUAGAUGAUGACACUGUCAAGUACAUCCAAGAACGGCGCGACCUUAACCUGCGUGACCUCAACCCCAGUGAGAUUGGAAAAAACCAUCUGCCUGAUGACUACCACUGUGCGAUCUGUGAGAUUCGUUGUACUGGCCCUCUGGGUUUCCGUUCACACCUCGAUGGAAAACAGCACCGAUCUAAUCUUGAUUUGGCAGCCAAGGGUGUACGGCUGAAGUCGAAGAAGAAAGUGCCGACAGGAAUCAUGAUGGAGACGAAGGACUUUCCCGCUAAAAUCAAGAAACUUAUUGAGACAUCCGGCGAGACCUUGGCUAUUGUUGGUUUGGACUUUGUGACUGAGUUCCAGACCAGUGACUACAAGGCAGCGCCGCGCUACGUGUGUAACCUCUGUGAGUCCAAGUGCGACGGCUCUACUAUCAUACCACAUGUCGUUGGGGCCAAACACAGGCUCAACUACUUUAAACACAAGCACUCUGACAUCUACAAUCAUUUGACAAAAUAUAACUCCAAGAAGAAGAAGUCCGAGAUCAACACGCAGUGUGAGCUCUUUGCUAAGGACAUUGUUGCGAAGGAAGGUCAGGGAGAGGUCAAGGUCAAGAUAGAGCUGGAGGCUUCCGUCGAUGAGGAUCUGCAGCUCACAAUGAGGCGUGAAUCAGUGGCUCUCCAGGAGAAGGCCAAGGACCUAAGGCCGAUAGACCAGGACGAGAAGACGGAACUGGCCAUCAGUCAGUUCAGAGAGAAGAGGAAGUCCACCGAGCCUUCUGGCUCUUUGUCUACAAAGAAGAAGCGACCCUACCAUGACAAUGAGGCAAGGCAAGAGGAUGAGUCAGGAGACAGGAGGGACCCAGAAUAUAGACGUGGGGAGGGAAGAUAUCACAGAUAUCCAGAGGGGCGAUAUUCAAGAUACCCGGAUGAAAGAUACCUGGAUGGACACUACCCCCCUGAUCACAGAAGAGGAAGAUAUGAACCCUACUAUGAACACCGCAGCGACCCAUAUGAUCAGACAGACUUUCACGCAUCCUACAGACACAUGUUUGAUCCUUACAGAAUGGAUGAUCCUUAUUACGAACAGAGAAUGCUGGACGAGCGUCAUCGUCUUGAUACCCUGAUGGAGGAUCGCCAUCGGCGCCAAGACCCUUACGAAGAGAGGCGGCGGGUGGACGACAUCGUAGAGCGCCGCAAGUACCUGGACUCACUGGAGCGAGACCGCCUCGAGGACAUGAUACGGCGCAGGGAGCAGGUGACCGCGCGGGAAGACCCUGGCGAGGUGGAUGUGGACCUGUUGAGAUUGCGGCGCUUUGAGGAGAGGGAGAGACAGUUGGGCCGGUCCAGGCCGGGAGAUGCUGCUGUGUCUGAGUCUCCCAGCACGGAGGACAGGGCCAGGUUGGAGGCACAGAUACAGAGGAGGGAUCACAUGCUGCACGAUCAGCUACCGGGAAUGCCUUUAAGUUCCAAUCCUGGCAUAGCCAAGCAGCAAGCUGAGGCAGCGCAAAUUCUUUCAGAGGAGGCUAAAAAGAAUCCAGGUGUAGAUGUCAGCAGAAUCCUGGCUAACCUGUCUGCCUCCAUGAUCAGCAGUGAAGACGACGCUGCCAUGGCGAUGCAGAUCUCUAACGCUCUCAGUCAGGCCCUUCUCAAGUACAGGCUACAGAGUGGCACAACAGAGAUGUCCUCUGCCAACAUUCCCCAGAGGCCAAUACAACCUGAGCCCCCAAUGUCAUCUAUACCUGGGUUUGGAGAUUCUACAUCCAAUAGCACGCAUGUGCCCGCCUUCCUGAGGCAGACAAAUCAGCAGCAGCCACAUAACUACUCCCCGACCAAUCAGAAUCUUCCUUACAGUACUGCUCAGACCAGUCAGAAUGCAUACAGCUCCUCCUCCACCAAUCAGAAUCUUUACAGCUCUGCCCCUACCAAUCAGCAGCUAUCGAGCAAGGCCACUAGUCGGUUUGCAUUCACGGUGAAGAGUUCUGGUGCAGCACCAGUACAGCCGAGGAACGUGCUGGGCCAGGAACAGGAACGAUCAUCCUCACCCCCUCCUGAGAACGCUAAAAUGCCGAAAAAUUCAGCGAUGUAUAUAAGCAGUGCUAACCCAGUUGAAGCCCAAGCACCUCCUGUGGUAAAUUUAACCAACGUAGAUCAGCCUCAGAAACAACUACUGGAUUCCAUUAGAAAACAAACAGAAAUGUUACGACAAAAACUUGCAUCGUUACCUGGCGCCAAAUCAGCAACAAAUACACAACCAUCAUCUUCAUCCGCCUCGUCACAAGUAUCGCCUCAUAGUUCGGAAUAUUUUCAUAACCCAGGGAGUGUUAACUCUCAGGCGCCUAGCCAGGUGUACUCGGCUGCUGUGACUAAAGCUGUUCCACCAAGUGCCUACUCGAAGCACUACUAUCAGCAGAAUUUCCACAUGGCUGUACCCAAUUCUGCUCCUGGUCUGUUACAGAGGGCUCCCCAGCCUAAUGCAUUGUCCAAAAUCUCGCAUCUAAAGCCAGGUGGUAUUAAUAAGUAACACCUCAGUGAUUCUCCAGAUAAAUGAAUAAUUUGUUGUUGAAUUUGUUAGAUAUUAUUGUCAUAGUAGAGUCCCUUUCCUUAAAACUGAUUACGGAAGUAAAAUGUUUUCUCUAAAUGCUUAUACGGCAGUAAUGCUGAAACACAAGUUGUUAAACUGCUUUUAUUUUUGUAAGAUUAGCUUUAGUGAGCUUUAGUGCUAUCACCCAACAAUGGUUUUCUUUUGUUGUAUAAUCUGUUGGUUCCCUUUUUAAUCCCAGUUUGUCCAGUCUUACAAAUUUCAUCUAUUUGUUGUUUGGUCUGUCAGUUCCUUUUAAUUCCUGUUAGUCAAGUCUUACAUUUUUAUCUAAUCUUCAUCUUAAUGUGGUGAAAAUAAUACAUUUAUAACCCAAGUAAGACAAUUACAAAUUUUGCUAAAAUGCAGUAGGAAUGAAAUGUUAUGGCCUUUUAUAUGCAAAUUUGCCUUUUAAAACAGUUUCCACUCCUUAAGCUAAGAUUAACAGUCUUCAGUAACAUAACAAAAAAUUGAUUGCCUUUAACCUUAAUUGUGCAUUUCUGUUACAUUGCUCAUUUAGUGCAGUUAAGUUGGUUCUGCUAUGAUGUUUAAUGCCACCUUUCAUGGAAGGCGGCAUAUGGCAGUCACACUGUCUGUACAAAAUUUCGUCUCAGCCAUAGUUUUUCCACAUUUGAAAUAUUUGGUUAUAAAUGCCCAUCAUAUUAAGAGGGUGUGUCCCAACUCAUUACCUCCAAGAUAAAGGUCACACAUCAAGGUCAAAUUUUGCCUUUGAACAUAUUUUAAAAGUUUCUGUCUCCAUCAUAAAUUGAUGGAUUUUUAAAUAACUUCCCGACAUCAAAGGUGAAGGUCACGUUUAGAGUUCAAAUAUCUAAUUUGGCCAAAAAACAUCUUGUUUUUGAAAUACAAAUGUUACCACUUACGACCACGAGAUCAAAUUUCGUCUGCUUACCUCAGAGGCAGAGUUCAAUGUUUCUAAUAAACAGAUUUACUCGGUUGUAACUUCAUUUAUCAUGCAAUUUUAAUACAACUUACUACACAUUUCUACUGUGAGAAAACUUUGUGGUUCAUUUAUUAUUCUCAAAGGUCAAGUUCACACAGAGGUCAAGCGAAAAAAGGAAUACUGCAGCACAUGUACACUAUGGACACAUGUCUUGUUUGAAUUGUUUCCAAGUGCUUGUGUGUCCUGGACAGAUGAUUGCAUUCAGUAUUUACUAUUGCUUUUAAACAUUGUACAACUUUUACAAUAUUACAAUUCAGCACUGGAUCUUGAGGGCUAUUAGAUCAAUAUUUUGUGUUUUUGCAGUCUUACAUUUGUUUGACAGGAUUUAUGUUAACACUCGUAUGUUCUUCAAUGUGUACUUGUUAAGCAAUUGUGUUCAUAUUCAUGAGAAUCAUGUCAUGUUUUCGCAAUAAAGUAAAAACAUAAAA